GGCAUCAUGUACACACUAGCUACCAAAUAUAUUACAAAAGCAACCUACCUGCCGUCUAAAACACACGCCGCGAGCUAGCUAGUUCGAUCGAAUACACAACUAAAUUAACGCUAGGCUUCCAAAGAAAAGUUAGCUAGAGAGAAGCUAGGUCGUCGACACCGGCGACGUCGAUCUCGCCUUUGCCGCCGGCCGAUCGACCAUGGACUCUGUGAUCCAUGUGGUGCUGGGGGUGGUCAUGCGGAGGUGCAUCUGCCGGCUGCGCGAGGUCGUCGCCAUGGCGAUGGAGCUCGGCACGGCGCUGCUCGUCGCCGUGCGGUUCUCCGGCAUGGCCUUUCGCCGCACACCAGCGCCGACUCAGGCGGUCUCGGGGUCGACGCACUACUACUACUAUGCCCCGGUGGCUGCCUCCAUGGUUGGCAUGUCCAGGCUCGACAGGCACUAGGGACCGGUGAGCUACACCCAUCUGGAUUUGUUGGCUAAUCAAUUGCGUGUUUUUUAUUUAGUGAGUAAUAAUGUAAUUGAGUGCUUGAUGAGCUACAUACACACAUGUGCACUGUAUAUUAAGCAAUAUAUGUGUUCAUCAUGAUAUCGACAUAGUAAUUGAUCA